AUGCACAAUAAUUACUAUCCAAAUAAAGAAGUCUAUACGAAACAUAAGGAAUCAGGAGAUUUGAGGAAGAAAGUUUUGAGAUCGAGAAGAUCAUCUUUUUUUUCAUUUUUCAAUGACUCGUCUGGUUCGAAUGGGAACGAGCUCAUUGGCUUUAGGCGAUUUGCUAAAGCUUAUUUAUUUGGUGAUGGAACAGAGUCAUGUGGUUCUGAUUCUUAUACACCCUUUAGAGCAAGCAUUAAUAAGAGACCGUUAAGAAGAGAAGAAAAAAAUGACCAACAGCUUUGGAAAAAACAGCACCAUUCACAGGGAUAUUUUUUUCUCAUGGACGAUGACAACAAUAAACAAACAGACACAACAGUUAAGAAUUUCUAUGAGAAUAGCGAAUAUAUUAACCAAAAUUCGGUUGCGAAGGAUAAACGGUAUGCAAUGGAAACCACAUUCGCUAAUGAGAAAAUAGCAGGCAUUCAAAAUCCUGCCUUUCUUAAAACAAGAUCAGUGUCAAUAAGCGAUAUACCGCGCGGUACAGGUAUUGCUAGCGUACUGUCUCAAGUACGUGGGGGUUCAUUAGAAAGGAUUAUUGUUUACAGGUAUGAUACUCCAGAACGUUCUUUACAUAAGGUUGACCUUUUCUUCUUAAACUAUGAUGGGGCUCAAUCAUUUAUGAGAUACGCAAAUACGAGUGUCUUCAAAGUUAAUGGGGUCCGAUUAAAGCCGGAAUGGAUCUUCCUCGAAAGCACAUAUGAAAACGUUAUUAAAGAACAAUCGGUAAACAGAAUAGUAGAAGAGGAAAAACUCAUAUCAAGAUGCUUGAUUGUGAAAAAAAGCUCCACAAAAACAGUAUUCAACAAAUCGAAUCAGGACAGAUCGCAAAACCUGGAAACUAUUAAUGUUCGGGAACUAGAAAAGGAUUUCCAGAAUUUCGGGGAGAUUUUAGAAAUAACACCUAUUGUAUCAAGAAAGUUAUGCGUUUCCAUAUUUUUUUACGAUAUUUCCAGUGCCAUGAGAGCAAUGGAGGAAUACGAACAGAAGGGCUCAGGUUUAAAUAAUAAAUACUUCAAGACAUGGACAAUAUGGUAUGGGAAAGAUAUUACAGACCAGCCUUGUAUUGACUUGUAA